GGCCGUGACGUCACGACGGCGCGACGGCCGCGGGAGAGGACCCCGGCGCGACCGCGUCCCCUCGGGUCCUUGAGCCGGCGCAGACCGCGGAGCCAUGGCCUUGAGGCUGCUGAGACUGGCCCCCGCGUCCGCGUCCGCGGUCCCGCGGGGCCUCGGGGCGGUCGCCCAGCGCGUGGGCGGAAUCCACACGGGCGCCCCGUGCAGGCUGCAGUAUGGCCCUCUGGCCUUCGUCCUUGGGGAAAGAACGACCAGGAAGCUGACGGAAACCAGCAAAGUGAUAACUGUGGACGGCAACAUAUGUUCCGGAAAGGGCAGGCUGGCGAGAGAAAUAGCCGAGAAGCUAGGCCUGAGGCACUUCCCCGAGGCCGGGAUCCACUACGCCGACAGCACCACCGGCGACGGGAAGCCCCUGGACGUACAGCUCAGCGGCAACUGCAGUUUGGAGAAGUUCUAUGACGACCCGAAAAGUAACGACGGCAACAGCUACCGCCUGCAGUCCUGGCUGUACGCCAGCCGCCUCCUGCAGUACGCGGACGCCCUGGAGCACCUGCUGAGCACAGGACAAGGCGUGGUGCUGGAGCGCUCCAUCUACAGUGACUUUGUGUUCUUGGAGGCCAUGUACAGACAGGGCUUCAUCCGGAAGCAGUGCGUGGAGCACUACAACGAGGUGAAGAAGGUCACCGCCUGCGAGUACCUGCCCCCGCACGUGGUCGUCUACGUGGACGUGCCCGUCCCCGAGAUCCAGAGCCGCAUCCAGAAGAAGGGCAACCCGCACGAGAUGAAGAUCACCGCCGCCUACCUGCAGGACAUCGAGAACGCCUACAAGAAGACCUUCCUGCCUGAGAUGAGCGAAAAAUGUGAGGUGUUACAGUACAGUGCGAGGGAAGCCGAAGAUGCAGAAAAGGUGGUCGAGGACAUCGAGUACCUGAAGUGCGACAAGGGCCCGUGGCCGGACCAGGACGACCGCACCUUCCACAGGCUGAGGAUGCUGGUUCAGAAUAAGCUGGAGGUGCUGAAUUACACGACCAUUCCCGUCUAUCUCCCGGAAAUCACCAUCGGCGCGCACCAGAGCGACCGGGUCUUCCAGAAAUUCACAGAGCUGCCAGGCCGCAAGUACAGCCCGGGCUACAACGAGGACGUGGGGGACAAGUGGAUCUGGCUGAAGUGACCGGUGCCUCCGACCCAGCUGCCCGAGGACGACACUGCCCCCCGGCCACCCCGCUCCCCUGGGCUCCCUCUGGCUUAGAAGCAGCGGGGUGGGGGCAGAGCACGCGGUGCGGGGGGCGCCUUCUGGCCUUGUGGGGGCGCUCAGUGCUUGGCUCGGGGGAAGAGUCGCCCCGGAGAGCGAGUGUCACGGGAGCGUUGCAUUUCUGCACAGCGCGCGCCACCCGCGGCAGGCGACUUGGGCGGGCUUUCUUCAGACGUCGAGAAAUAAAACCGUUCCUCUGGCA